CAAAACCGGAAGCGUUUUUUUGCGCAUAGCUAGUCUGAAAAACUAGAACCACUCAGCAAUCUUUGGUCACCCACGCAUUUUUUUUUUUAAAUACUAAAAUGUCUUCAAAUAUCUACAAUAAUGACGACAACUUAGAAGGAUGGUCUGCACUUAAGGACGAGCUAAACAAACAGAUCAAGGAGCAAAAGGUGGCUGUGGACGAGCUGUGUAACUUGAAGAAGAGCAGGAAAGUGUAUGUCCAGCAGAGGAACAGCAACAUAUUCUUCUUGGCUGACAGAGGGCAGACCUUGAGUUCAUGCAAGAAGAAACUGGAUAGCACGAAGAAGGAACUUCAGGAUAUGUAAAAGCAGACAAUUUCUGCAACCAUGUGUGGCAUCUUUUGUCUUUUGAGUCCCUCGCCUGCGCAUGUGAAGCAAGACGAUGCAGUGUUUGAACAUUUGAAAAGGAGGGGG